AUGGGACUUAGCAGAAGUGGGGGAACCCGGGGCAAGGUCACCCUAACCAUUUUGAACUAUUUUAUGUGUAAUAAAGACAUUUCUGCCAACGGGAGUUUUUGUCGGGUCCAUUUGAACCAACGGCCAUUAGAUAGUUUUUUCAAAUUUACAAGUGAAAAUCAUGCAAAUACUUAUUUAAAGGGACUGAAAUGCAUAAACAUCCGUUUCCCACUUCAAGUGAAAAUCUCAAAACAGUGUUCCGCCACUGCGCUAGAAGACUCGGCGGAACCGCAAGAAUAUGAAUGCAAGGAUUCCGGAGCUCUGAUGGAUACACCAAGUCUCGAGCACAAUGAGUCUGGCACGAUCAAUAACCUUUCAACCAGCUUCCAACUUCAUUGGGCCGAUGUCAGUUGCCCUUUAUGUUAUCUCUGGAAAUGCAGCGCGACCAUUCGCAAUAAAAGAACAUUUACAUUCUUUAUUUAUAAGACUUGCAGCCCGUGACUGGCUCGUCUCGAAUAUAACAUAACAUUUAAUGAUCAUUUAAAAAGAUGAAAAAUAAACAAAUUUAAUUUAUAAUAAAAUAAAUUAAAUCAUAUUAAGUUAAAGAGCUAUAUUAGAUAACCAAUAAAAUAUAAAGAAAAAA